AUGGCUCUGGUGAUGGAACCUAUAAGCAAAUGGACACCCAAGCAAGUGCUGGAUUGGAUGAAAGGCCUGGAUGACUGUCUGCAGCAGUACAUUAAGAACUUUGAGCGAGAGAAGAUCAAUGGGGAGCAGCUGCUCCACAUCACUCAUCAGGAGCUGGAGGAGCUGGGGGUCACCCGCAUUGGACACCAGGAGCUCAUCCUGGAGGCUGUGGACCUACUCUGUGCUCUGAACUAUGGACUGGAGACUGAGAACCUGCGUACCCUAUCCCACAAGCUUAAUGCUUCAGCAAAGAACCUACAAAACUUCAUCACAGGGAGGCGUCGAGGCGGCCAUUAUGACGGCAGGGCCUCCCGCAGGCUGCCCAACGACUUCCUCACCUCUGUGGUGGACCUUAUCGGAGCAGCCAAGAACCUGCUGGCCUGGCUGGACAGAUCCCCAUUUGUCAGUGUGACAGAGUACUCCUUACUAAAGAACAACAUUGUUCAACUGUGCUUGGAGUUAACCACCAUAGUACAACAGGACUGCACGGUGUAUGAGACAGAAAACAAGAUUCUUCAUGUGUGUAAAACACUGUCUGGGAUCUGUGACCACAUCAUCUCGUUGUCCUCUGAUUCGCUGGUGUCCCAGUCGGCCCAUCUGGAGGUUGUGCACCUGACCAACAUCAUGCCCAGCGAGGGCUUGGGAAUGUACAUCAAAUCUACAUAUGACGGCCUUCAUGUCAUCACUGGGACCACUGAGAACUCCCCAGCUGACCAGUGCAAGAAGAUCCAUGCUGGAGACGAGGUUAUUCAGGUCAACCACCAGACAGUGGUGGGCUGGCAGCUGAAGAACCUGGUGAACGCCCUCAGAGAAGACCCCAACGGAGUCAUCCUCACGCUGAAGAAGAGACCUCAGAACACUCUCACGUCUGCCCCUGCCCUGCUCAAGAAUGUACGGUGGAAACCCCUUGCACUCCAGCCCAUCCCCACCAGUCCCAACAGUGACUCCAACACCCCGCCCAACAGCAUGGGGACCAUGGGGAUGUCCUCUACACUGGACAGUGGCCAUGACGUCUUCAUCUUGUCCCCAGUCUCUGGCCUUUAUGGACACAGAGACGAGAUAGGUAUCAUGUCCUGCGAUGACAUCAACAAGUACAGUCUGGAGAAGAUGGGUAUGAAAGGCUCGGAGUCUCCCAGCUUCUACCUGGACCAUGAUGGGGGCAAGUACUUCACAUUGGUGGAGGAGGACUGUCUGGCCCUGGGGCAGGAGUAUGAGACCAGGGGCCGCUCCACAGGGGUCAGGCGGAGGGACAGGACACCCACCCAUGGUGACCUCAGGCCAGUUUCCAUGCCAACGGAUUACAACUGGAUGGCAGAGACAAAGGAGCCAAAUAUGUACAAGAGAGACUCAGACAACUCCCUGCUACGUUACCUGAAUGACGAUAAGAUCCUAGUAAUCCAGGAGGAGCCGGACGUGUCCAGGGAAUGCAAGCGGGACACUGGGCGGCGUACCCGCAAGAAGAGUCACAACCCCAGCAGCCCCAGCUAUCCCAUCAGCCCAUCCCUGCUGGCCCCGCCUGUCAGACUGGACUCAGGACCGCCAGAAGGCCUGCCCUUCUCACUGCUUGAGAGCAACACUGUGCCAAUGUACCAUAGAGCUGGAGACACACUGAGAGCUGACACUGACAGGUAUGCUAGUUUUGGCAUCGAGAGACAAGGAGGCUCAUCCAUGAGGAAGUCAUUUCACUAUGCGUCUUUAAGGACUAAGACCAAAAAGAGAACCAAAGGUUCUCUGACUAGCGCUAGCCGCAGGCGUAUCUCCUGUAAGGACCUGGGCCAUGGGGACUGUGAGGGCUGGCUGUGGAAGAAGAAGGAUGCCAAGGGCUACUUCACCCAGAAGUGGAAGAAGUACUGGUUCAUCCUCAAGGACUCCUCGCUCUACUGGUACACCAACCAGAAUGACGAGAAGGCUGAAGGUUUCAUCAGCCUACCUGAGUUCCGAAUAGAUCGAGCGAUUGAAUGCAGAAGGAAACAUGCCUUCAAAGCCUGCCAUCCCAAAAUCAAGAGUUUCUUCUUUGCCACAGACUGUUUGGAGGAGAUGAACAGAUGGAUGAACCGGCUGGGGCUGGCGGCGAUUGGCUACACACCCGACGAUAAAGUUUCUCGCCCUGAUGAAGAUUACUGGAGUGAGAGUGACCAGGAUGAGAUUGAUGGUUCUAUGACCCUGAAACAAGAGGGCAUGUCAUCACGCUGUGAUACCUACCACCGCACCCCGUCUGUGAACUCCUCCAGUCCGUUCCCUGAGCGCCACUUCUCCAGUGAGUCCACGUACUCCCACUCCUCUGCUGAGGAUUCCCGUCCGGACGUCCCCGGGAGCACCCACUCCUCCAGCUGCCGCCCCACCCUCCGUGACACCCAACGGCGCUCCUGGCAGGACCUGAUUGAGACGCCUCUCACCAGCUCGGGCCUCCACUUCCUGCAGACGGUGCCGGGGGAGGGUGACAGGGGCGACGGAGGCUACGGCAGCGGCCACAUGGGAAUGGGUCAGCUGCUCAUGUCCCCCGAGCGCCGGCGUCAGGCCACGCUGCCCGCCCAGAGGCGCCGGCAACCUGACAGAGAUGGGCCCUUCCCAUUGGUGGACAUAGAGGAGCGCGAACAGCGCCUCCACCACUGUACCCAUAAGCAGCGCAGCCAGAGCCUGCCCCGAAACAGGGACGUGCAGGGCACCAAGGGCAGCCUGCGCCCAGCAGGACCCUCAGAGGAGAGGAGUGAGGAUGAUGAGGUGCCAUUCAGAAAGCACAACUCCAAAAAAAAACAAGAUUCUCGGUCUAAAGAGCGAGGCCAUGAUCAUGAGGGAGUGGAUGGCUUUCAUGAGCUGUACCGCUCCAUAGAGCAGGCCAGCCUGUCUGCCCUGGGGGAGCAGAGGCCCUCCACCAAACAGGAGUUCAGACGCUCCUUCGUCAAGCGCUGCAAUGACCCUGUCAUCAAUGACAAGCUGCACCGCAUUCGUGCCCUGCGCAGCACGCUCAAGGCCAAAGAGGGGGAUCUGGCCAUUAUCAGCCAAGUGCUGGACGACCCCGGUCUAAACUCCCAGAACUUCCAGGAGUGGAAGCAGCAACACCAUGAGCUUUUUGUGGACAUCUGUGAGUUCAGCUCUGCCCCGACAGAGUCUCACCCUGAGGGGUCCGACCUCUCACCCCUGUCUCCACCUCUGAUGAUGCACACCCACUCCUUCAUCGAAACUCACGUUUGAGUGCUCAGAUACAGAGUAACAGGAAGACACUGUGGAAUCAUGCAAUCAUCUCUUUCCCCCCCAAUCGUCGAUGCAGCCAGG